AUGAGGGAGGCAGGUGCAGGCAAGUUCUACCUGGACGGGGAAGAGCCAGGGCGAAGGCUCAGAGGCCCCAACAAGGGGGCUCACAGCUCUCCGCAAAGACGCCCGGAGACUGGACAACUGGCAAAAGUGGGUGGCGCGGGGUGUGAAGCCCCGAGCACAGCCCUGUCCAGCCCUCCCGCCCUCCCACUGACCACCAACCCUGGUCCUCCGCGCACGCUCACCUUCUGGUCCGGGGACGCGCGCACGGCCGCUCCGGACACUCGGACACUGCGCAGCUUAGAUCGCAGCGGGCGGCAAUGGCGGGGAGGUGGCCGCGGCGGCUCGCGGAGGACAGGAAGUCCCCGGACACCGUCUGUCUCCACGUUUAUGGUGACUGAUGAGCGACUGGCCUUAGGUUCCGAGUCCGAGGCUGCCGCGCUCGCGAUCCGAUCGUGUCUGGCGUGUCCUGGAGCCUCCGAGGCCCCUUCCCGCCGCAGCGGCCGCAGCUGCCAAGAACGGCUGUGCCUUGAAGACGUGGUCAUCCUCUUGAGCCAGGAAGAGUGGACGUUGCUGGAGGCUGAUGAGAAGAAACUCUACAUGAAUGUGAUGCUGGAAACGUUGACACACCUGGACUCCGUAGGUAUUCUGAACUUCAGUCCCAAAGCAACGCUUUCCACCGACUAUACAGUGAUUCGGUGGUUGCAGAACUUCCGCUGUUGGCUGUCCGUGUUAAGAGAACGCUCCGUAUUGUGUGGCCUUCAGGAGCUGCAUGGAAACUACAAGAACCAUUUGAGACAUCACCCAGUAGUAGAUAAUGUCCGAGAAGAGGCAGAGGUCGAUUGCCCUGGCAGAGCACUCGUGUCGAUGGCAGGUCUUCCCAUGCAGCAAAGGACUACGGACAAGGAGAUUGUCCCUGGGCAGAAGAGGACAGACACCAGGGAGAAACCUUCUGCACACAAGGAAUGGAAGAAAUCCUUUCCUGAUGGUUUCACAAAACGCAGUGCCCCCAGCAGAAUUCAUACAGCAGAGAAACCUGAGAAUGAUUCCCUCACUCAACCUAGAGUAGUUGACACAGAGGAGACACUUUAUGAGACUGAGGAACGUGGGAAUACCAUUCCUGCCAGUCAUACCAUUCCUAAACCCAGGCAAGUCCACCGUGGAGAGAGGCUUUACGAAUGUGACGAGUGCGGGAAAACCUUCCGUCAGAAAGGCAACCUCACCAGCCAUAAGAGAAUUCACACGGGAGAGAGGCCCUUUCAGUGCAAGGAAUGUGGAAAAACCUUUCGUGAGAUUGGCAAGCUCACGCGACACGCCAGAAUCCACACGGGAGACAGACCCCACGAAUGUGGGCAGUGCGGGAAGACGUUCCCUCGCCUGGCUGACCUCACCGUCCACACCCGCAUCCACACGGGAGACAGACCUUACAAAUGUCAGCAAUGUGGGAAAUCUUUCCGUGAUAACAGCACCCUCACCGCACAUAAAAGGAUUCACACGGGAGAGAGACCGUACGUAUGCGAGGCGUGUGGGAAGACUUUUCUGAAACUGGGAAAGCUCACGAGGCAUGCCAGAGUUCACACAGGAGCUACGCACACAGGAACGGAAUCGGGGGAAGGCAUUCCGCAGCCGGCUUCUCCCGCAGCACCGGGAGGCAGGUCUUACGAAUGUCAGGAAUGUGGCAAGAGCUUUCGUCACAACAGUACGCUCAUCGCCCACAAAAGAAUUCACACCGGAGAGAGACCCUACCAGUGCAAGGAAUGUGGGAAAACCUUUCGGGAAACUGGCAAGCUCACCAGGCACGAGAGAAUUCACACAAGAGACAGAUCACACGUGUGCGAGCACUGCGGGAAGACCUUUCUUCGCCUCGCCCAGCUGACCGUCCACACGAGGCUUCACACGGGAGACAGACCUUUCGUGUGUCAGGAAUGUGGAAAAUCCUUCCGUGACAACAGUACCCUCACGUCCCAUAAAAGAAUUCACACAGGAGAGAGACCUUACGAAUGUCAGGAGUGUGGGAAAAACUUUCGUGAGACGGGGAAGCUCAUCAGACACACCAGAAUUCACACAAGAAGCAGAACUUAG